ACACGCAUAUGACAAUACACACUGGCGAGAAGAAUCAUAAAUGUAAAGUUUGUGAUAAAGCAUGUUCUCAACGAGGUGAUUUGAACAAGCAUAUGACAAUACACACUGGUGAGAAGAAUCAUAAAUGUAAAGUGUGUGAUAAAGCAUUUUCUGUACAAAGUAGUUUGAUCAGUCAUAUGAAAAAACACACUGACGAGAGGAUUCAUAAUUGUAAAGUGUGUGAUAAAGCUUUUUCUGAACAAAUUGAUUUUAACAAUCUGUGUGAUAAAGCAUUUUCUCUACAACAUAAUUUGAUCAGGCAUAUGAACAUACACACUGGCGAAAAGAAUCAUUGAUGUAAAAUUUGUGGUAAAGCAUUUUCUCAAAGCAGCAAUUUGAACAAGCAUAUGACAAUACACACUAGAGAGAAGACUCAUAAAUGUACAAUGUGUGAUAAAGCAUUUUCUCUACAAAGUUAUUUGAUCAGGCAUAUGAAUAUACACACUGGCGAAGGUUAAUAAAAGUAAAAACUACACAAAAAGUGUGAUAUAUUUCGCAUGAUCAAUCAAUAUACUUUAAAGAAAGUUUGGGCAAACUUUGAAAACAUUGUUGUAAAUAGGCAUAUUUUGAGUAAGGCUUUUUAUAUAGGGAAAUGAUCUAAUAAGUGUGUAAAGUGGUUGGGGUAGGGUAACAUUUUUAUACAUAUUAAAAACAUAAUGUUUAGAAACAGUCUUUUUGCUCGUGUAAUGUUAUUAUUUGUUUCUUAACAAUGAUGAAUAGCAAAAUAUUUUUCAGAAUGAUGAUAUUAUAGAUUAGUUAGAGUUUCCCUAUUUCUGAAAAAAGCCCAUUAAAUAGCAAAGGUUUAGUUCAGAAAUAUAUCCAUAACUCAUAAUCCACUCCGUAAAUGCCAUUUAAACUUUGCAUAGAGGUGACCUUAAGGCAUAUAACUGUCCUAUAUAUGUUGUCAAUUUUACAGCUCCGUUUGUGCCCAUUAGCCUUGGUCUAUUUUAAAACCUCAAAUUUUAUAUCUUUACGCUUUUAAGCAUCCUUUAACACACACACAAGUUUUGGACGUUUAAUGAGAAAUUCACAACAAAGAAAUAUUUGAUGGUGCUUAGAGAUUUGUGUAGAAAAA